AGGGUUUCAGACCCUCAAGGACGGGUACAGGGUAAGGCGGCAUGUGGGUUCAUGGAUCGGGAGGGAGUGAAGGGGAGGGGUUUUUUUAUAGAGGGGUGGGCACCGCAGAUGAUUAUACUGAAUCACCGCGCGGUGGGUGCGUUUCUGAAUCACUCUGGAUGGAACUCGAUGGUGGAAGCGCUGCUUACGGGGGUGGUGAUGGUGACGUGGCCGACGGGUGGCGAUCAGUACCCAAACGCGAGACUCUUUGUGGAUGAAUUGGGUGUGGCGAUUCGUGGUGCUGAAGGUGAUAAGCUUCCAGAGGCUAGGGAGUUGGCGAAGAGUAUUCAGAAGGCUUUGGGGAAAACGAAGGAGAGAGAGAGGGCUGAAGAGUUGAGGGACGCGGCGCUGCGGGCAGUUAGGAGUGGUGGAAGCUCGCAGAGGGAGUUGGAUGAUUUGUUGAAGCUUCUCAACGAAGUUCACCUUGGCAAAAACGCCGCUUAAAACUUGCUUUUUCUAUUAAUUAAGUAUUUAUUCAGAUUAUCCGCAGCAUUUUAUUUUAAAUAAAGUAGUUAGCUUAUAAUUUGUUGAGUCACGUGCAUUAAUGGUAUUAAAAUAUUAAGU